CCUUCUCUGUAGAAUAGAUUGUUUUGUCUCUUCCAGAACUCAAACCAGUCAACUAUGAGCUCGCAGGACAACCACCUAAUUAAUCAGUCGGAACCCGACCGUCCGGUUCUGCCAAAAAUCAUAGCCAAACACUCCUCCUCUUCGUCUCUCAUAACGACCCCAACUGCCGGCGCUCAACGCAAGAUUGCAAUAGCAGUCGACCUAAGCGACGAGAGCGCCUACGCCGUCCGAUGGGCGGUUGAAAAUUACCUCCGGCCGGGCGACGCUGUUGUCCUCCUUCAUGUCCAACAGACCUCCGUCCUCUACGGCGCAGAUUGGGGAUUCCUUAAUCACCAAUAUGUUCCGAGAAACAGCGACAACAGCCAACAAGAGGCCAACGAUGAAAACGACUUAACGGACUCGACGGCGAAGAACAUAGCGGGGCCGUUAGAAGAGGCGAGGAUACCGUACAAGAUACACAUAGUGAAGGACCACGACCUGAAGGAGAGAUUAUGUUUGGAGGUGGAGAGAUUAGGGUUAAGCGCGAUGAUCAUGGGCAGUAGAGGAAUUGGUGGGGCCGGGAGGAGGAGCAGUGUGGGGAGGUUAGGGAGUGUGAGCGAUUAUUGUGUACAUCAUUGUGUUUGUCCUGUUGUUGUUGUCAGGUAUCCUGAAGAAAGCAAAACUCGAGAUAAUGGAGUUGGGGAGGAUUCUGCGGUGGCGGAGUUGCAUCCGGUGCCGGAGGAGGAUAUGGAGUAUCACGAUUCCUCUGAGUGAUUUCAAAGAAGAUGAAAGCAACCAAAACAAAACGUGAAAUCCGCAGGACAGCAAGGUCCUAACAAUGCAGGAUAUAUUUUCCUAAUUAUAAGAAAGAAACCGUGAUGUAAUUUUAUUGUGUAGUAUGAUAUAUGCCCUGUAAAUAUAGUUUUGGCAGUACAUUUGAUGUAGUUAGCUACUGUGAUACCCAUUUACUGUUUUUUCUUGCUAGCCACCAUGCAUUUUAAUGUUUCCGUUUGUAUCUUUACAGCUUUAACAUCUUUGACAAAGUAAUGUUGUAGCCUUUCCUUUAGUAUUUGGCAAGGUUGUAUAAGAAAUGAGUUUUGUUAUUA